AUGAUGUACUUUUACGAUGAUAAAUUGUUCCCCGCUAAAAUUCAACAACAAGAAAUUCAAAAAUUUCAACAGCAACAACAACAACAUCAACAACAACAACAUCAACAACAACAACAUCAACAAUUACAUCAGCAGCAGCAACAACAACAUCAUCAACAACAUUUGUUUGAUGAUUCUUAUAGUCCCAAGUUGGAUAAUUUAUUGGUGAAGCAAUCAAUCAACAAAUUGAAACCGCAACAAAAGCGGCAACAAGACGUCAAUUCUCACACCAUCAACAACAACAAAAACAUCAACAACAACAACGUCAACAACAACAACUACAAAAACAAAAACAUCAACAACAACAACAUCAUCAACAACAACAGUAAAAAACAUCGGCGUUUCAACAAAGUCACCUCCACCGUACCAUCAACCGCAACAACAACAACAACAACAACGACAACGACAUCUUUUACCACAACAACUACAACAACCACAACAAAACGCCACAUCUUUCGCUUCAUAGAAAACCAGCCAGGGCGAUUGGGCUGCCUCGCUAUAAGCGGUUACCCCCUCCAACCGAUGAAGAUUACCCUAGGACAUCGAGAUAUCAGCCCGCUGUUCACUCAGACGAGUCCAUUUUUUUUACUAGGGGGUGUUUCAGGAUUGAAGAAGAUUGUUUAUCGGACUCAAAUCUGGACCGGAAAUUUAAGUUUGAGCGCUGAUGAUGAUCAAAAUAGAGUCACGUGUUUCGCCGCAGUCGCCGGUCUGCAAGUCGCCAAGAUUGAAGCUGUCGUUGAUGUCGUCUACAAACCGAAGAUCACGUGCACACCGGCCUUGGCCCACCUGAGAGAGAAGAACGUCUACAUAGAGUGCCGGAUCAAAUCCAAACCCCACUACACCUCCGUUCAUUGGUCAUCAACUUCAACAUCGUCGCGAGAAAUCGCUUCAGAGAUAAUAUCAAAUAAUGCCUACACUACUAAUUUUCAACCCUCAUCAUGGUCCUCGCCAUCACCAUCCUCGCCAUCGUCAUCAUCAUCACAAUCGUCACCACCACCUUCUGAUGAAACCUUCAAAUUGACAUCCGGUGGACAGAAAGAUGGACUGUGGUCAGUUAUAACGGUGAGGCCAUGA